GUUUUAAGAGUACAGCAUUCCAUUUUUACUACAUUUUUUUGCCUACAAUGUGGUAUAUAAAGGACAAAAAUAGAUGCAAGCGUAAGCAAAGUAAAAUCUUAUCGUGACUACAAAAGACUACAAACACUGUCACAGAUCUACAAUUCUUCACUAUUGAUAAAGCUGACUCCAAAACGAAGAAGAACAACGCCUAGAGAAUGAAUGAUUUCGUUGUGUACCUGGAUAAUCCCAAACAACAACAACAGCAACAGCAACUACAAGCAAAAGCUGAUCAAACGCCUACAAAUAACUCAAACAGUCAAGAGAAAUCAACGGAGAAGAACAAUAGUAGCAACAACAACAACAACAGCAAGUCAGAAAAUUCUCCUGACAAAACUAUCCUUGAAAGGAAUCAAACCAAUGAGCAUCAAGAAGAGACAUAUGGUCUGCUUACACGUGAAGAUCUUAUUCAAUUAGAUAAAGAUAGCCCAAAAUGGAAACGUAUUCGAAUAGGCUUGUUAGUUGGUUUUUGGCUUAUUUGGUUUGGUUUAUUGAUUGCCACCAUUGUUUACAUAUUUGUUGGACCACAAUGUGCAGCUUUGCCUAAAUUACCAUUUUGGCGAUCUACUGUUGGCUAUUGGGUAGAUGUAUUCGCUUUCAAAGACACUACUGGUGAUCUCGUUGGCGAUUUAAACGGUUUUAUAUCUGAAGCUGAGUAUAUUAAAAAUGUGGUCGGUGCAGGAUAUGUUAUAUUAGGUCCUAUAACAAAAGGAUUCUAUACUAAUAAGCAUAAAAUAUUUGGAUUAGUUGAAGAUUAUGAUGAAUUAGAUGAAGCACUUGGUACAAUGGAAGAUUUUCGUCGACUUAUUAAACGAUUCCACAAACUGGGUAUUAAAGUUAUUCUAACUUUCAAUUUCAAUGGAAUAUCUGUCGAGCAUAAAUGGAUUGCAGAGAAGAAAGUUGAACUGACAAAGUUACCAGAUAAUUUUGGAAAAGGCUAUUCCCGAUAUGGACAAGAUUUGGGUGUAGAAAUCGAGACUGUGAAAUAUUAUUCCGUGUUUGGAUGGCCAAGUGUAGAUUUAAAUUUAACAGAUUCAAAUACUCAGAAGGCAAUAUUUGAGACAAUUGGUCAUUGGAUGAAAGAAGGAAUUGAUGGAAUUCUACUGGAUAAUUGUGCAUUUUUCAAUGAAAUUAUGGAAUCUACAGGAGACACUACGACUACCAAAAACCCUUGGUUUAAUGGCUAUCCUGAUCGUCAGUUAUUUGUAAAUACCAGUGUCGAUUUUGUUGGACAAGUUAAGAAGGAAAUAGAUUCAUGGUCUCAGAAGACUGGUAAAGAAAAGCUGUUAGCUGUAUCCGCCGGUGAUGUUGGCUAUGGUGUAAUGAAUGGAACUGAUCCAAUGCUAAUGUUUAGAGAUGUAGCCGAUUUAAUAAUGAAUCGAGAAUUUGUUACCAACAAAGGUUGGAAAAAUGGAAACAUGCAACUAAAUGUGAAUGUAGAGAAUUAUUUAUCGUAUACAAAUGAUGAUAUGACGAAAUCAGGAUUAUCCACAGCCAAUCCAUCUGAACCAUUAAGCUCGGCGAAUAUGCUUGAUUUUGCAGCAACAUUUUUACUACAAGGAUCACCAGUAGUCUAUUAUGGGACUGAACUGGGUGUCAAUACAUUCCAAAAAAGGUACAGGCCUGAUUUAUUCUAUCCCAAAGACAGGCAACUCUAUCUAUCUCCUGACGACGUAUCCCUACUCUCACAUUUACCGAUGCCAUGGGAUUAUAAUGGGAAAAUAUUUUCAGAGGCAAUAAAUGACACUAGCUUUGCUGAUCAUUUGAAAAAUUAUGGAAUCACCAACACUGUUGAAAAUUUUCUCGCUGAAGGAUAUGGUGAAUCAAUACUGAGCUUCGUCAAAUCUCUUACAACUCUGUACACAUCUUCCAGCUUGAAAUGGUCAACUGUGGAACCCAUACCUUAUCCUUCCCAAAAUUCUCGAGGUUUAUUUGGAUUGUACGCUCGCAAGGCAAAAGAUUUUCCAACGUUUAUUGUGGCCUUAGUGAAGCCAUUAGGAUAUGAAUCCAUGACACUGGACUUCACCUCUUAUUGUUCAUCACUUACUCCACGAAUUGUUUAUCCAUCAAAUAUAAAUCUACCAGUUGACAUCGCACUGUCAAGUGCUAAGAUCUAUAUUGCAGAUUAUAUUGGUGGUGGUCAAGUCUUCGUGUUUCAGUGUAACUGAUAAAUGGUGUUAACAGACUAGUUUGAUCAGUGAACAUACCUAUUCAAGUGGAAUUCUUUUUUAUAUGUAUUAUUUUAGUUAGAUUUAGUUUGACUUCUAAAAUUUAGUUUUUAGUUUUAGUUUAUGCAGUAAUAUACUACUUAUAAUUUGUUUAUAUAAUUAUUUGAACUUACUAUACUUUACAUCUUUUUUUUCAUCAUCAUCAUAAUCAUCAUCAUCAUCAUCUUCGCCUUCUUCUUCUUUAUUUCUUUGCGUUCUGAGUGGAGUAUAAGGCUUCCAUCUUGAGACUUGAAGUUUCACCAGCAAUUGUGUUGUUUAAUUAGUGUCCACUUAGUGGGGUUGCUAGCCACACGCCUAACCUUCCCUCUUCUCCUGGAUUAUUAUCACAGCUAGUAAACUAGACGAGGUUUGACAGGUUCAGGAUCGAAUCCAAGACCACGUACAUGGUUGGCGAGCACUCUACCCUAGAACCACCUACGCAUAUACAAUACAC